GGAUCCCAACAAGGGGACGUCAAUGAACGAACGGUCAGCCACGGUGGGAACUAGCAUCAGGGGGCCAUGGUUGCGGUGACUUGAGCGGUCCAGAAUGUAUAGAGAGAGAGCGUAUCCGCCCAUUGCCGGUCUCGAACGAGAGACGCGGAAGACGAGAGAAACGAGAAAGUUGUGCUGCCGAUCACUCGCCUCACUUUGGGAAAGCCGCGCGGAUAAUCAGCUGACUAAGAGCCCGUCUCACACCCGCUGGCCAGCAGCAGGUGACCAAAGGCCAAACGCUGGCACCGUUCAUUGUUUACUUCCACCGCUGCUUGUCCCAAUCGGAUGGUCUUGUUUCGUCAUAUAUUUGUCCCCCCUGGUUAUGAACGACGACGGGAGGUUGCGUUCGGCGUGGACCUGUGUUGGACCCUAUGACACCAGAACGGUUCCGUUAGUGACAGCCCUAGUGCAAGUUGGAGAUAAUGGCCAAGGUGCAGAACGGGGAACAUCAUGUUAGUAAGAGUCAAAGGUAGCACUACAUACCUCGCAGAUCUGUGACAACCACCUGGUCACCGCUACUGCCAGUGCUUGCCAGAGUAGAAUUGGACUGGUUGACUUUAUGAGGCAUGAUGGUGGUGGUGGUGGAUGUGUUGUUGUUAUUGUUUGGAAAGUCGAGAGGAUGGUUUGUAGCGAAGAGAGUAUUAUAGAAGAUAAGAGGGGUUGAUAUGAUAUGGAGUACUCAAGGCAGAGAGUAGAGGGCGAUAGAGGAGGUAUAUAAAGUAAGGUCAGUGGCGGAGCAAGGCA